CAUCUUUUCGACCUCCAUGGCAGACCCCACCCAAUGGACCCUCCAAUCGCCUCCGUUCGAUAGUAUCUCCCAAGUCCGGUUCUCGCCUACGAACCCCGAGCAUUUGCUGGUGUCUUCUUGGGACACGACGGUGCGAUUCUACGAUACGGGCGACACAGACAAGCCCAACGAGCAAAAGGCGAAAUUCGACCACCGCGCAGCGGUGCUGAGCUGUUGUUGGUCGAAUGCUACGAACGCGUAUAGCGGGGGGCUGGACUGUACGGUUCGACACCUAGGCCUCGAAACAGAAAAGACGACCCCCCUAGGCGCGCACGACGAUUCCAUAUCCUCCAUGGUCUGGUCCACAGACAAGAACGCCCUAAUCACAGGGUCCUGGGACCGGACGCUCCGCUUCUGGGAUCCCCGUGCGGAUACGGCCCAACAAUCGAGCGACCUCAUGCCGGAGAGGGUGUACCACAUCGAUAUAGUGGGGCAUAUGCUCGUGUUGGCGAUGGCGAGCCGCCUGGUGCGGAUAUACGAUACGCGGAGGAUGGAGGCGCCCCUGCAGGAGAGGGAGAGCAGUUUGAAGUACUUGACGAGGUCGUUGGCUUGUAUGGCUAAUGGGGAAGGGUACGCGAUGGCGUCGACGGAGGGUAGGAUCGCGGUGGAGUAUUUCGAUGCGUCGCCGGAGGUGCAGGCGAACAAGUACGCGUUCAAGUGUCAUAGGCAGACGAUUGAAGGGGUAGACCACGUCUGGCCUGUGAACGCGCUGGCUUUUCAUCCUACGUACAACAUGUUUGCCUCAGCAGGCUCAGACGGUGUCGUCUCCAUCUGGGAUCCCAAAGCGAAGAAACGACUGAGACAGCUGAACAAGUUCAAUAAUCCCGUGUCGAGUGUCGCGUUUAGCUGCGAUGGGAGCAAGCUGGCGAUUGCGAGUUCGUAUACGUGGGACAACGGCGAGGCGGGAGCCAAGACGGCGGAGAGGCCGGCGUUGACGGUGAAGCGGUUAGGGGAUGAUAUCAAGCGUAAGGGGAGGUGA